AUGGGCGAGGUGGCGUUCACGAAGCUCCUCUACAACGUCAAAUCGGCUCCUGGUGGAGGUGCCCUACUACAACUAUCCUUACAUCGCGCUCCAUCAAGGUUCGAAGAUGAGCUGCACGAACGAGACGACAGGUCUGCUGGAAGCCAUCCAGGAGAAGCUGGUUCCAAGCCAGGUCUGCGGCAUCACCCGGAAAGCUUGUGGCGAGCCCGUCGACUUUUCCCGGGCUUGUCGCAGACUUUUGGGCCGGCCAACCUUCCCAGCUUCAAGUUUGCCCACCCGCCCGCUGACCAAAGCCUGUCCGUGAAGUGCCAGCACUCCUGUGAAGGCUAA